AUGUCGGGCUGUGAGGCCCGUGAUGCCAAGAAGCUGGUGCGCUCACCCAGCGGGCUGCGCAUGGUGCCCGAGCACCGCUCUGCCCGCAGCCCAUUCGGCUUGGACGAGCCUCCCUGGGUGCCUGACAAGGAGUGCCCAAGAUGUAUGCAGUGUGAUACAAAAUUUGACUUCAUAACAAGAAAGCAUCACUGCCGAAGAUGUGGGAAGUGUUUCUGUGACAAGUGCUGCAGUAAAAAAGUGCCUCUGCCUCGUAUGUGCUUUGUGGACCCUGUGCGCCAGUGUGCUGAGUGUGCUCUCAUCUCUCAGAAAGAAACAGAGUUCUACGACAAACAGCUUAAAGUGCUCAUGAAUGGUGCUACAUUCUUUGUGACGCUGGGAACAUCUGGUAAAUCUGAGCUCAUGGUUUGUCGACUUUCCAACAAUCAGAGAUACCUGGUUUUGGAUGGAGACAGCCACUAUGAAAUUGAAAUUAUACAGAUUUCAACUGUUCAGAUACUCACUGAGGGAUUUACUCCUGGAGAAAAAGAUAUUCACACUUACACCAGCCUUCUGGAGAGCCAGCAUAUUACUGAAGGAGGUAACACUCGUGCCAUAGGUAUGGUUCUGCAGUACAAAGUACCAGGAUCAGAGGAGCUCAUGCAGAUGAAAUUUACAGCUGGUGAAGAUUUCAGCUGUAACAAGAAGCUGUCAGCAAGCUGGCUGGCAGCUAUGCAUAAGGCAACGAAACUUCUUUAUGAGUCCCGAGACCAGUAAGAACAGCAAACCAUUGGCCACUUGAGGGAAGACACCAGCCUCCAUGGACCUGCCUC